AUGCCCGUCACGGAGAUUCUGCUGUUACGACAUGGUCAUCGCCUCGCAUGGACGUUGAACCCCGUCACAGGAGAAUACACCUCGAAUCAUCCAUUCCCCACAGGGCUGCCAGCGGAUCCUCCUCUGGCCUCACAUGGCGUUCAGCAGGCGCGGGAGACGGCAAGACAUCUCGGCAAAGUCUUGGAGGAGGUGGUCAAAACAGAUCGCGUCCGAAUCUAUUCGAGUCUCUUUUAUAGAUGUCUAGAGACUUUACGGCCCACGGUCGAGACACUUCGUGAGAUCAGUCUUCCAACGACGACACCAGCCCAGCACAGACACUUGAAAGUGCGGGGUGAGAGAGGCAUAGGGGAGUGGUUCGGCCGUGCAUGGUUCGUGCAACCCAAACCGGCCGAGCCUUCUCGACUGCGCAAGGAGUUCUUCCCCUGGCUGGACGACGAGUAUGUGUCGAGGGUUGUCCCGCCUGAGCACGGAGAGAGAAUUGUGCCUCUGCACGAUCGCGUCGCACGGGCGCUCGCCCACAUCGUGCAAGACGUGGAUGAGGAGUACCAUCGGUCGGGACGGGGCGACGAAGAGGUCACACUGCUGCUCUGUGGCCACGCCGCUCAGAUCAUAGCCAGCGGGCGGGCGUUGACGGGCCAGGUGCCGGAUGACCUGGACGAGGAGGAUUUCAAGUGCUUUACGUGUGGAAUCAGCAAGUUUACACGGCGGCAGGUCCCUGGCACCGGCGAACCAUACUACGACGAUGACUGGCGCAACAGUGGAGGCGUGGCCGGAGGAUGGGACUGCAUUCUGAACAGUGAUUGUAGCCAUCUGUCGCAAGGGGAAGAACGAGGCUGGCAUUUCCACGGGGACGAGAGUUUCGACUCCUACGAGGCGCCCACGGGGAUGGGCAUCGGCAUCAGACCUACGAACGGAGGCUCUAGCUAUUCGAAAUUAUGA